AUGGGAAGAAGCUGUUGGCCUUUAACUGUGGAACCAGUUAUAUUUCUUACCUUUUUUUCAACAACCCUAGUUGGUGUGAUAACACAAAAGUAUAUCUACACAACGCUUACACAUAAGGCAGAUACAAGUCAAGAAGGGUUUUGUGAGAAAGUGAAUUGCUACAACAGUUCAGACUUAGAACAUGUUGGACGUGGGAUUCUGUGCUCAUCAUCUACAGAUUAUUGGCUGCUUUUUAUAAAUUUGGCAUCCCUUCUUCUAGCAAUACCAUCAACAAUAAUUUUUGGAACAUGGAGUGAAACAGAAGGACGUAAAAUUGUGCUUGUUGCCUCUCUGUUAGGCAUUGCAUUACGCGUGGCUCUAGUUUUUAUCAUCAUUCACUUUCAGGAGCCACUUUAUUUUUUUGUAAUUGUGAGUCUAAUGACAAGUGCACUGGGUUAUAGCACCAGUCUAAUGUCAUCUUGUAUGGCUUAUGUUGCUGACAUUACAAGCAGAGGACAAAGAACCUUCAGAAUACUUUUCCUGGACAGUGCUGCUGGUAUUGGAAUUGGCUUAGCCUACUUUGUUUGUGGUUUCUACUUAGAACGUGUUUGGUUUUAUCAUUUGCUCUGGCUUGGUAUAGCUGCCUGCAUCAUGAAUAUUAUAUACAUUGUGUUUUACUUGGAGGAAAGCCUUCUCCUUCCUGGUUUCUAUGGGUCAAGUACAAUAUUUAGUUGUCAGGACUUUCUCGAAAUUUGCAGAGUAUUUACACAUGAGCCUGGAAAUGGACGUAGGUGGCGCUUACUUACCUAUGUCGCUUCCUUUGUAGUUGCAGGAAUAAUUUUUACAGGAACAAACAGUCUAUUAAUUUUACAUGCCCAAACUUCACUUUGUUUUUCAAUGGUUUUGACUGGCUAUUUAGCUGGAGCUCUUUGUUUACGCUAUAUAUCAAGUUUGGUCAGUGUCAAACUGUUUCAAAGUGUUCUAAAAGCUUCAAAUAAUUGGAUCAUUGAGGCUGGACUAGUGUCCUUAUUCGCUGGCUUGAUUUUAGCCUCAUUAAACACUUCAACUCGCUUAACUUUUAAUGGUAAGUUCAAACUGCUAUUAAUUUUUUUUCACAUUUUAAGUAAACAUAACAGUUUUUGGUCAACUCCUUUGUCAGGGGUGGAUCUAGGGGGAGGGUGUGCACCCCCCCCCCCCUGAGAUGACCUGUGGUUUUCUAAUGCAAUAGGUAUUCUGCAAAAAAAAAAACUAUGUGGUUUAUUGGUGUUGAAGUAGAGCAAGAGACGAGUGCACCCCCUCCUAAAAGAAAUCCUGGAUCUGCCCCUGUUUGUAUUGACCUGCAGUCAAGAUGAAGAAAAAUAAUUUAAUAUGCUUAUGACACAUUUUGACUUUAACCCUUUAAGUCCCAAUAGUGCUCAAAACCAAUUUUCUCCUAACAAUAUCCAUAGACUAUCAUGAGCAAAGUCUAUGAGAAUUAACAAAAUGAUCACAAAGAGAAAAAUAUUUGAUCUUUUGUCAAAUUCUCUCAACUAAUUCUUCAAGGAAAUGUAUGGAGAUCAGUUUGAAGAAUUUGUAUGUGGAUAUUUAACAGUUAAUGAAUGAGGCUGAGUAUCUUAUGAGGAAUUAUGGAGAUCGAGGAGGGUGUUAUCCGUCUAGGCCGUAGGCCGAGGCAGAUAACACCCUCCGAGAUCUCCAUAAUUCUUCAUAUGAUACGAAAGCCGAAUUCAAUAACUGUUUUAUUAUUCAUUCAAAAUAAUUCCUAGUUUAAAAACAUAGCUAAAACAUGCUUACCUCUAUCGAUCCAUCGAUGUUCAGUUCAUCGUCGAUAGUGUACGUUUAGGUUUGUCCAGCUCCACAAAUAUUCUCCAGAUAGCAGAUGUCGCCCUUCGAGUUGUCUUCUUGCUGUUCUUGCCAUGUUUUUAGCUAUUUUUUCGCCUACUUAUUACUCUUGAAAAGAGUGAAAUGUCCGCCAUUUUUUCAAAUUCACAACCAAAACAACUCAACCUCGUCCCCAGGUCUUCUCGGUUAACGGUGCCUUAACCUACGAAAACGCUGCAUUUUUGACGUCAUUUCCUCGUUAAAGUCAAAUUUCUUCCAAAUUUGGUCAUCAGUAACUGGUUAUGGUGAAUUAAACAUGUGCUUUUAGCCAAUCAGAAUCGGGGAAAUAUUUUGAAUGAAUAAUAAUGGGACUUAAAGGGUUAAAUUCAGUGAGAGGGUCAUAAGACCUAAGGAGUGCACCCACCCCUCCCUUGCUAAAAAAUAGGUUCAUGAAGACAUACUGGACUCUUAGAGCAUUCUGGGGGAAGAAAUUAAAGCUCUUUUUGUGAAUAAAAGAUUUUAAGGCUUGUUUUGGAACAUAAAAGCAUUGCCAGCACUAAUUGUCACAAUUGGGAACAAAUACAUCAAAGUUAGGACUAAUGGUACUGUAGCCCUUGAUUAAACUACGUAAGUAAAAGGACAUACUAGACACUUUGUUGUAAGGUUAAUUCUCAAUUUGAACACUCAACGGUGAGGGUAACAAAAAAGUGGAAAUCCAAACAAGAAAGUGUGAGAAGACUGUAGUUGGAAGGAUAAGGGAACUUGGUGAUGAAAAAAAAAAUAGUAAUAAUGAAAAAAUUGCCAUUAUAAAAUUUAUUUUAUAUUCUUCUAUUUUUCCUUUAUUCUCAGUGCCUGCCCUUCAGUUAUUGGGUGUCUUGCCUCAAUCAGUUAUGAAAGCCACUUUAUCUAAGCUAGUUGAACCUCAGGAACAAGGUAAUAACCAACUCAAAAUAAAGUAAGACACUCCUAGCUACAUAAUGAAUUAUAAUUGUACUAGUAGGCUUACCCUAUUUACUUGAAUAGGCCCCUGUCACUGAUAAGGCGCCUAGGUCCCGAUGCAAUCAAAAUCAAAAGACAUUUCUGUUAGUUACUGAAAAUAAUAAUAAUAGUGAUGUUAACAAUAUAUUCUUUGUCACAUCCAACUUUCAAAUAAAUGCUGCUCUCAAAUAAGUGUUGCUGUUGAAAAGCACCACAUUAGAUGCAUGAAAAAUUUAAAAAGUGCGGCAGCACUUAUUUGGAGAAAUAUGGUACACCCAGGUGGAGGCUUACAAAAUGACUCAAUAUAAGAAAAUUCAAUUUGAAACAGGCUGAUAGCAAAAUGUACCUUAUUUUAUGCACAUUGAAAAAUUCAAAGUACCGGUUUUACUGGUAACUGCAACUGGAGCAUACUAAGCAAGACAUGUACAGAUAAGGCCUAGGUGCCUUUAAUCAAGAGGGCUAUAUGUGUAAGUGGGGGCCUCGGGGUUUUAUUUAGCGUUUUUAUAUAUUUUUUUCCAUGACAAUUCAUUGAGUUGCACAUUAAGCAACUCGGCUGGAUGUUGAACUUAUUUUAUUUUUUCCUUACAUUUUUAUGAAAAUGACUUACACAUGGUGCAUCAAAACUUGUAACUAACAUGCAGAUUUUUACAUAAUUUUCCAGGUAUCCUGUUUGCAAUUUUAGCUUGUUUGGAGAGUGCAUCGAAUGUCUUUGGAGUGUUUCUUUUCAGGCGCAUAUAUGAUGUCAUGCCACUUUCUCGUUUGUCGUUUGUUAUUGGGGCUCUUUUACUGAUUGUUCCUGCUGUACUUGUUGGGUAAGUGUAAUGUUAUGAUGUAAAGGCCAUGUUCUCAAGCUGCGUUUCCCCACAUAUAAACUUUGCCUCAGUUGUUCAAAGGCUGGAUAGCACUAUCCAUUCAAAAAAUAACAAGAUCGCUCUUAAUAUUGGAGUUAAGUCUCGCUUGCUUGGAGAUUAGAUAAGAAAUGAGGAGGCGAUUAAUUCUAGACGAGACAGGAUUUACGCCCUAAAGGUUUUUUAACUUCCUACUUUAUCAACGGUUUGAAAAUGGUGUAACAUAUACAGUCGACUACCGAUAACUCGAACCCUCGCCAACUCGAACCUUGCGCUAACUUGAACCAAAAUCGAUUUCCCCUGGAUUUCCGUCAUACAUUCACUGUAAUUUUACCCUCGGUAACUCAAACCCUCGAUAACUCGAACUGCCGCUAACUCGAACCAAUUUUCGUUUCCCCUCGGGUCAUUUUCUAUAUAAUUUUACCCUCGAUAACUCGAACCAUGUUUUGAGCCCUUAAAAAGUCGGGGAAAAAGCCGGGUGUCCGAAACAUUGAAUUUUGGAUUUCCUAUUGACGUGUUGUAGGAGUAUAGUUUACUAGUGGAGGAGGCUGAUGUUGAUUGUCACAGGCUAAUGUGAUGCAGCUUUUCUUCUCAAAACAGUAAAACGCAUGCUCUAUUUAGGCUAUGUUUUGUUACGUUACCUUCUGAUUUAUAAUCUAGAAGUAUCUUUUAAUUUUCACUUGACAUUUCUACAAUUAAAUGUGAUUAAAAUGUUCACUGUGCAGUAAAAACUGUUUUUUACCUUACUCUCGGCUAUUUUCUUUGGGAUAUUUUCUUUGGGAUCCUGAUAACUUGAACUCUCGAUAACUUGAACCUUUUUUCGAUUUCCCUUGAAGGUUCGAGUUAUUGGGAGUCUACUGUAUGUACAAAAGCAGUGAUUUUGUUACAAAUAGUUAUGGUGAGUCCUGGGACCCAUCUUGUGAAAAAUCAUGAGUCCCAGUCCAGAUCCAUUGAGUCUCAGUUAAAAAAAACAAUGAGUUCCUGGGUCUUUUGAAACCACACAUUUACUCUGAGGACAGACUCCAAAACUCUUUAUUACAGUUUACUGAAAUAAAAAUAUACUCCUUCUAUUGCAAAGCACAACCAAGACUAAAAGAAAUAGGCGUUGUUUAACGACAGCCAUAGACAACACACAAACAGGAUAUUCUACAAUAACAUCUUCAGAUCAAUCAAUAGAUCUUUGCAUCCUGUGGGACGCAUACCACAAAUUAUUUUGUGUCUUUGGGAUUUUAUUCAUUAGGGACACAGGAUGUAGAGGUAACAAAAUCACUGCAAUGGUCUCCACAUCCAAUGUAUAAACGGUAUAAUAAUAUUUAUUAUUUUUUUACUGUUUGCUCUUUCAGGUUUGUUCAGAAAAAUGAGAGUCCCACUACAGAAAUUCUUCUUUUUUCUAACGAGAGGUCUUCAGAGUCUGAUUUUGGACGGCAGUGCACCAUAAGCAGCAGACCUAAUCACUUUCCUGUGUUGAACUCAGCAGAUCUUAAUGGUUAUGAUUAUAUUCCUAGUGGUGAAAUGUAA